UUUUAUUGCGAAAAAUAAUCUUGUCAACCGGAACUACUACUUACUCCGUUACCCUGGUCAACUAAAAGCAAUAAAACUAGUAUUUUUUUGUUAUAUGUUCAGCUCUAUAUCUGCCGGGAAAAUGCAAAUAUGCAGUGUGUGCAGCGAACAGACUCCAAAAUACAGAUGUCCAACCUGCAACAUACGAUAUUGUUCGCUUGGCUGUUACAAGAAACACAAAGAUUCCUGCCUUCCUGUUGAGAAACCUGCUUCGUCAAAUCCUGAAUCUAUAGAUGCUACUGGAUCUGCAGAGCCUUUGAGUUUGGACGAUCUCCUGCAUGAGGACGACGUCAUUGACAAAGUGCCACCGCAGAGGCUCCAGUUAUUGGGUCAGUCACCAGAGCUCAGAGAUCUUCUCUCCAACCCCCACCUGAGGCAGUUACUGCGCUCCAUUGACGACGCAGAGAGCAAAGCGUCCGCCAUGAAGGCCGCCAUGCAGGAACCUCUGUUUGUUGAGUUUGCAGAUCAGUGUUUAAAAGUUGUUGAAGGCGAAGGCAACGCAUUAUUUUCUAAUGACUGAUUUAUAAAAAUUAGAUGUGCGGCUAGUUUAGCAAUACUUACCUCUAGAGACGCUGUAUGUAAAUAAUGUUCAAAUAAAGGCUCAAGUUUUCAUAGA